GCAGCUGAAGAAGUUAGAUGAAGACAGUUUAACCAAGCAACCUGAAGAAGUAUUUGAUGUAUUGGAGAAGCUUGGAGAAGGUUCCUAUGGCAGUGUGUUCAAAGCCAUUCAUAAAGAAACGGGUCAAAUUGUUGCAAUUAAACAAGUUCCUGUGGAAUCUGACCUGCAAGAGAUUAUAAAGGAAAUAUCCAUAAUGCAGCAAUGCGACAGUCCUCAUGUGGUGAAAUAUUAUGGCAGCUAUUUUAAGAAUACAGACCUGUGGAUAGUCAUGGAAUACUGCGGCGCUGGAUCUGUGUCUGAUAUUAUUCGAUUACGAAAUAAAACUCUCACAGAGGAGGAAAUUGCUACAAUAGUGCAAUCAACACUGAAAGGACUAGAGUACCUGCAUUUUAUGAGGAAAAUACACAGGGACAUCAAAGCUGGAAAUAUAUUGCUAAAUACAGAGGGACAUGCUAAACUUGCAGAUUUUGGAGUGGCGGGUCAACUUACAGACACCAUGGCAAAGCGGAACACAGUUAUAGGGACCCCGUUUUGGAUGGCUCCAGAAGUGAUUCAAGAAAUUGGAUAUAAUUGUGUUGCAGACAUCUGGUCGCUGGGAAUCACUGCAAUAGAAAUGGCUGAAGGCAAGCCACCAUAUGCAGAUAUUCAUCCUAUGAGGGCAAUUUUCAUGAUUCCUACCAAUCCACCUCCAACAUUCCGGAAACCAGAGCUCUGGUCAGACAAUUUUACAGACUUUGUAAAACAGUGUCUUGUUAAGAGCCCGGAGCAGCGUGCCACUGCAACACAACUGCUGCAGCAUCCAUUUGUUAAAAGUGCCAAAGGAGUGUCAAUUCUGCGCGACUUGAUUAAUGAAGCAAUGGAUAUCAAGCUGAAACGUCAAGAGGCGCAACAGCGUGAAUUAGAUCAAGAUGAUGAAGAAAAUUCAGAAGAAGAUGAAACCGAUUCAGGUACCAUGGUGAGGGCGAGCGGAGAUGAAACUGGUACCAUAAGAGCAGUCAACACGAUGAGUGAUGGAGCCAACACAAUGAUAGAACAUGAUGGCACCUUGGAAUCACAGCUGGGUACAAUGGUCAUAAACACCGAAGAGGAAGAGGAGGAGGGCACCAUGAAAAGGAGGGAUGAAACGAUGCAGCCAGCCAAACCAUCAUUCCUUGAAUAUUUUGAGCAAAAGGAGAAGGAGAAUCAAAUCAAUAGCUUUGGGAAGAAUGUGUCUGGCCAGACAAAAAACUCAUCUGAUUGGAAAGUACCACAGGAUGGAGACUACGAAUUU